AUGUUCGAGAAGAUGGAGAGCGGGCUGUUCCCCGACGCCGUCACUCGCGAUAUCAGAGAGGUUGAGUGCACCUGGUGGACGGGCCCGGAGAUGAACGUUAACGCAAAGUACCCGGGUACAUCCUGGCCGUAUCGUAAGAGCACCGGGUUCGACGGGGCCAUCAAGAGCGUGAUGUAUGACGUGGACAUGAUCGAGAUCAGAUCGGUCAUGACGAUCAGGAACACGAAGACGCACGUCACCGCGAGGAGGUACACGAACGACCUCGGGGACUCGUCCGCGGCAGAGUUCGGGAACGAGGGCAGGGCCACCAACAGCAUGGUGAAGGCGAUUCUGGGCGUCUGCGUAGGCAUCGUGGUGGAUCUCAUGCUAGCAGGCUGCUACUUCGCGGGCGGCAGUAAACGCCCAUGA